CCCGCCCGCUUCCUGCCGCGCCCGCCCCGCCCGAGCAGCGGCCGCAGCCCCGGCCGGGCCCAGCGGGGAGAUGAACACGGUGCUGUCCCGGGCCAACUCGCUCUUCGCCUUCUCGCUGAGCGUGAUGGCGGCGCUCACCUUUGGCUGCUUCAUCACCACCGCCUUCAAGGAGCGCAGUGUGCCCGUCCGCAUCGCCGUCUCCCGGGUCACGCUAAAAAAUGUAGAAGAUUUCACUGGACCUAGAGAAAGAAGUGAUCUGGGAUUCGUCACAUUUGAUAUUACGGCGGAUCUGCAGAGUAUAUUUGAUUGGAAUGUUAAACAAUUGUUUCUAUAUUUGUCUGCAGAAUAUUCAACGAAAAACAAUGCCCUAAAUCAGGUGGUCCUCUGGGACAAGAUCAUGUUGAGAGGAGAUAACCCAAGGCUGUCCUUAAAAGACAUGAAGUCAAAGUACUUUUUCUUUGAUGAUGGAAAUGGUCUCAAGGGAAACAGGAAUAUCACCUUGACUCUCUCCUGGAAUGUUGUACCAAAUGCUGGCAUUCUACCUCUUGUAACAGGAUCAGGACAUGUGUCUGUACCUUUCCCAGAUAACUAUGAAACAACAAAAAGUUAUUAAAUUAUAAUGCUGAAUCAUAAGCAAAAUAUUUUUAUACUUGUAUAUUGUGGAUACAUUUUAUGGCAGUUUCUUCUUGCAUCCCGUGCAACUUUUCACUGAAUGGAACUUAAUUUCCUCAGGAUAGUAGCACAGGAAAAGGAAAUGAAAAUUCAGGGGUUUUUUUGGUUUUUUUUUUUAAGUAAAACAUUGAAGCUGAAACUUGAGGGAAAGGUAAAUUGCAGAGUAAUGGUUUUGAGGGAGAAACUGAGGAUUUUUUUUUCCUGGCCAUUUAAGUAUAGAUCUCCUUUUCUUUUAAAUAAAUAUUUUUAAACCAGAA